AUGGACAGUGAAUCGGACGUCAAGCAAAUCAAGGAUGUCACCCCGGCCUCUGCGGUGCUCGCCAACGAGGGCGACCUCUACGAACGACGUCUCUCGCAAGCGGAAUGGGAGAAAUUCGGACAGACCAAGCGAGGUCUCUCGCCACGUCACGUGCAGUUGAUGCAAAUCGGGGGUUCGAUCGGUACUGGUCUUUUCGUUGGAAUCGGCGGCAGCUUGAGCAGAGCAGGCCCCUUGUCUCUGUUCCUGGGCUACCUCUUCUGGGGUCUGUUGUUCAUCUGGCCGACCAAUCUGUGCGUGGCCGAAAUCGCCGCCUGGUUACCUGUGCGAGGUACCAUCUUUGAGCUUGCCGGUCGUUAUGUCGACCCGGCGCUCGGUUUUGCUAUGGGAUGGACAUAUUUCUUCGCCGGUGUCAUGUUAGUCUGCACUGAGUAUUCGGCCGUUGCCACAGUCAUGCAGUACUGGAACACCGAUGUUAACCCGGCUGUUUGGAUUACCAUGACAUUGGUGGUCUGCUUCCUGUUGAAUGUGGUUGCCGUCAGAUGGUACGGUGAAUCAGAAUUCGUCAUGGCCUCGACCAAGGUGCUUCUGCUUAUCGGCUUGGUUCUGUUGACGUUCAUUACCAUGGUCGGGGGAAACCCCAAACACGAUGCCUACGGUUUCCGUUAUUGGAAGAACGGACUGGCUACGCAUCCGUACUAUGCAAGUGGCAGUACAGGCCGCUUCCUAGGGUGGUGGAGUGUCGUGAGAUACGCAGCAUUCACGAUUGCUGGUCCGGAUCUAAUCGCACUUGCGUCUGGCGAGAUUCAAAACCCUCGACGAACGAUCCCACGAGUCGCAAAACUGGUCUUCUAUCGUCUCGUCGGCUUCUACGUAAUCGGUGUGUUCGCCGUGGGAAUCAUCUGCUCCUCUCGAGAUACCAGACUUAUUGGGGCCAUUGAGAAUGGAGACGUUGGCGCUGCUGCGUCACCAUGGGUCAUUGGCAUUCAAAACCUCGGAAUUACCGGACUGCCUGGCUUCAUCAACUUCCUGAUUCUUCUCUCUGGGUGGUCAUGUGGCAACGCCUACCUUUACUCAUCCAGCCGAACGCUCUAUUCCCUGGCUCGCGAUGGACAGGCGCCAAAAAUCUUCAUGAAAUGUACCAAGUCUGGUAUCCCGAUCUACUGCGUUAUUACAGUCACCUUGAUCUCUUGUGUCACGUAUCUAGUCGCAUCCGACAAUGCGAUCAAGGUGUUUUUCUGGUUCGUUUCUUUAACCACCAUCGCUCUAAUCAUGACUUAUACCGGUAUGCUCUGGGUCUUCAUCGGCUGGUACAACGCCUGCAAAGCACAGGGUCUCGACCGCGCCACCUUGCCGUACAAGGCUCCAUUCGCCCCCUACUCGGCAUACUUCGCCAUCUUCAUUGCCUGCUUGGCCAUGCUCUUCAUCGGAUUUGACGUGUUUGUGCCGUGGGAUACUCAAGGCUUUGUGACUUCAUAUUUCGGCCUCGCGUUCGGAAUCGUCAUGUUCUUCUUCUGGAAGUUCUUCAAGGGCACCAAGUUUGUUGAUGCCAAGACCGCGGAUCUGUACAGUGGCAAGGCUGAGAUCGACCGUGAAUGCAGGCACUGGGAAGAAGGUGGCCUGGAGGAGAAUGAGAAGCGGAGACUCGCUGAGAUGAAUGUUGUGAGGAGAGCUUGGGAGAAGAUGUGGUAG